GUAUUAAAUUUUAGCUUACUUUUUCUUAGCUGCUUUAUAUAUUGCUAUUGGUCUGUCUUCACCAUCUUCCUCUGCUAAGAUCAUCUUAUUCUCUUACACACACCCACACACCAAAAGAGAAAAAGAAGAAGCAAAAUCCUCUUCUCGCUUUACAGACUUAACAAUCACAUGGAAGAUCGGAAAGAGAACAAGAACGCGCCGUGGCUAUCAGUACCACAGUUUGGAGAUUGGGAUCAAAAAGGAGGAUCCAUACCUGAUUACUCAAUGGAUUUCUCAAAAAUCAGAGAGAUGAGGAAACUCAACAAGAGAGAUGCUUCUCGAGCCAGUCUUGGCAACGAUGAAGAACUCAUUAACCCUUUUCAUAAUCAGCCCCCUGUUGAAACUACCAAACCUUCUAAGAAGCUCACGACUGUUCACAGUGACAACAACAACAACAACCACAAUGAGUUCUCUCACCACCACCCACAUUCUCCUUCUACGAGGAGAGGAAUCUUCAGCUGCUUCAACUGCUGCGUUAAAGCUUAAUCGAAAGGCGUUUUCUUAUUUAUGAUAAUAAUAACAAUGAUUUGAAGACAAGAAAAUGGUAGUGACACCUUUUCAUGUAUGUUUUCAUCUGAUGCAUCAAUCAGAAUUUCUCUGUUGUUUACUGUGUAAUCUAACUAUGUUUUGCUAAAUGUCAAGUGUAGUGAUUCAUAUAUUUUUCUGUAAUUUUGUUUGGUUUAUUUAGACACUCAUGCUAAAUGUGAAGUGUUUUGUUUGUAGAGCAGAUUUAUAUAUAAAAAGAAAGAGUGGUAUUUACUAGAAA